AGAAUUUCCUGGUUGAGAAAGUUGGAACCACACCUCAGUUGGCUAGCAACUUUGAAUAGAGCUUCACGAGUGAGAUACACAUUGCUACUGGAGACUGCCUUCAUGAGGAUAUCUUUGCUGCUUGAAGUGUGCCGGUUGGUUUGACAAAGAAGCAACCGAGGAAAUGGGGAAGUGAGAGGUCUGUAGCUGUAAACAAAUUGAAGGUCCAGGUAAAAACAGAGGCAGUGAGACUCCUAAGAUACAGACCUGAGGAGUUCAACUGUAAGGAAGACAUCAGGAAGACUUGAAGGGUUUGGGAGCAUUUGGGACUGGUUUGGGGGGAUGAAACAUUUUCUGGACAAUUUUCAGAAAUUCCUGAACUUCAGAAAUUGAGGAAAAGACAGCAGGUGUGCCUUCCUCUGCAUCUUCAGCUGCCUGCAGGGUGGCGACAGAGAGUCAAGAGCUGAAUUGGAGGAUACCAGGGAUGAGCGAGUUCUGGCACAAGAUGAGUUGCUGUGUGGUGGCCAAACCCCCACCGAAGAAGAAGAGGAGGAAGAUUGAUCGCAGCAUGAUCGGCGAGCCUAUGAACUUUGUCCACCUGACACACAUUGGUUCUGGGGAGAUGGCAGAGGGGUUUUCCCCGUCGGGGCCGAUCCAGGAACAGAUGAGGUCAAAAGGACCAAGCGCAAAUGGCCGCAACAGCUUGUUAUAGCCGCCAAGGAGAAAUAAAGGAACAACGGGGGAUCUUCUGACUCCUCUGCCACCCUUCUCCCAAAGCAGCUGUCACAUGGGGACCUGACACCCCACAUGUAGCACUUGGCAUCCCUGGAAAUAUCAUGGUCUAUCCCCAGUCCUGCAUCCUAGUCUAGUUUCUGGUUCUUCCAACAACUGCUGUGAUCCAUUUGCUGCACAUCCAAAUAAGGAAUAUAUCUUCUAUAGAAAUGUAUUCCAGCUCCUUGAGUCAAUCUGUUUCCAAUGGAGAAAGAGACAUGUGGUUUUGUUUUUUGUUUUUGCUUUUUAAAGGAAAGUAUUUAGUGGUUUGCCAAACCGUGGAGUGUGGAAUUGCAUUGUAACCUUACCUGGAUUAUGUGGGAGAUUUUCUGUGGAAGAGAGAUGGCGUGUGGGGGUGGGGUAAGCAGCAUGUCCGUACACUGGCCAUAUUCGCUUGAAAGAGAACAGCCAUGGACAGUUCGGGAUCGCUCCUGAUCUCCCAUCCCGGAAACGCUCAUCAUUCUACCAACCAGCCAGGACUCCAUUUACACUCUACAACCUAGCAAACAAGGAUGCUCCAUUACUCUGUGUUUCUCAGAGGUGUGCUUUUUACGCACAAGAGGUGCUGGACAAGUGCUGUGCAAGUGUUUUUAUUAGUUUUUCAGAAUGGACCAUUUUUUAUUUUUUACAGAAUUAUAUCAAAAACUUUCAAUGGUUGCACAGGUAAUUCACAUUAGCCAAUCAAUGUUUGUUCAUUACUAUUAGUUUUGUGAUUGUUGCAUAGUAUUGUUAAGAUGAGGCACUAUGUGCUGUAUCCUGGUUAAAGUUCUGAAAAGUGGGGUUUAGUUCAACCAGCAGAAUACCAAAGAUUCUUUUUUUUUUUUUUUUUUUGUAUGCUUGUUUGUUUGAAGUCAUCAACUGAGUGUCAUCUGAACAAGUGUAGUCAUAGUCAGCUUAUAGAUCACACAGAAUAGUGGCAAGAAACACAAGAGUGAAUUAAUUUUGUAUGCACCAAAGUGCCAUUCUGUGGCAUAAAUAUUAUGUUUGCUUGUUUAGAUGUCAUAAUCAUAACUGAACCCCAGUAUAUAACAACCUAUGGGUGCUUUGUUGCUGUUUAGUGGAAUUUAUUUAUUUAUAUGCCAAUCAUCGUAGUUUUUACUUUACACUGGAUAGCACUGUUUCUUAACAAAGCCAUGUCCUUGCCUAAUGUUCCAUCUGAGGUUCAACUGCAACUUUCUUGUGGUUGUUACUGAAAAUUAUGAAAUUCUCAUACCUCUAGACUGCUGGCUUUCUCUAGUUGUUUUUUUUUUUUUCUUUUUUUUUUUUUUUCUUUCUACAUGUCAAAAUCACAGGGUGUGAAUCUUGUUUUUCAGGCAUUUCUUUUAAUCCCUUCCUAAAUGUUUAGUUUGUGCACAGAGUUUGAAGUCACCUCCUUCCUUCAUGUGAGAACCCAUAAAUGGCACAGAAUUUUCUCAAGUCCCGAACAGAUGUUCCUCCAUUUUUUCAAGUUCACUUAGUCUUACAAAAGCAUCAAAUUAGACAUUGAUUGCUGUGAUCCAUUUUGAAACUAAGACCGGGCUGAAGAAUCUGGUAUUCUCAAGGAUGGUUUUUUGACUGAGUCUCAGAGUAUUUGAAAGUCCAAGAGUGAAUAAUGAAUUGAAUUGAAUAAAAUCUAUUUUUUAGAUCGUAGCCAUAUUUUAAGCACUUGAGAGGCUUGAAUUUUAAUCAGAAACUGAUAGGCAUUAGUUUUUUUAGAACCUAAUAAUUAUGAUCAGUUGCGAAAAUGGGGUGCUUUUGGAACACAAACCCCAAAUGAGUACAAUAAAAUGGCUUUAGAGUAUGUUUGGGAGAAGUGCUUAUUUCACAGUGCUGUCAAGGACUGUGACUCUCAAACUGCCUUCAAAGAAAUUGGUGAGUAAUUCCCCUUUUAUUAAAUUAUCUCUUAACUGAUCUGCUGUAUUCCGUGAAACCCUCAUGGAUGGGGGAGGUCAUGUACUGUACUGCAGUGUAAUCAAGAAUACAUAACCCAUCACUGGUCCUGCUCAGAAUGGACCUUCUGCAUGGAAAUCAGCUCUAGUGAUCCAGAUAAGUAUGGGCAAGGAUUGUCAAAGCAAGAGAUCAGGCAAUGGUCACUGGACUGGACAUCAUGGAUCUUUUUGUUUAUGUGGCAGGGAUGUAAAAAGUGCCUUUAGGUCUGUUCCAGAAGGUUGGCAUGAAGGCACCUCCUGCUUGUACACUGUGAGGGGAACUUAUUGGUUUUUUUUUGGACUCAAAUUUUGUUUCAGUGGUGAUGUCACACAGUGUAAUUCCCUUGCAUAAAAUUCAGUAGGGUAGGAUUAAAUGGUAAAUAGCUACCCUGAUGAGGUAUUUCACAGAUCAUAAAUUUGCAUAUUUUAGCAACUAUAGGAACUAAAACAGUUCUAUUUUUCCUAUUACUUGUAUUCAUCAGCAUCAAUCUCUCAAUGAAUUCUGUGACAGCUGUAUCAUUUUAUUAUUUUGUCAUUAUUUGAUGUAACUGUAGAUGUAACAAUGGUAAAACAAUGGUGUGUCCACUGGAUAUCUGGUCAUUUGAGGGGCAAGUCACUAUAAAAUUGCUAAAAUUAUUUUUAAACUGAAUUAUUUUGUUUUUAUAGUUUUUUUUUUCUUCUUUCUAGUAUGUAUGUCUCCAAAUUGUUAGAAUCUUUAAAAAGUGGCUUCAUUGGGGAGGGGAGGGGGUGUCAUUCCCUGUCAGUGGGACAUGCAGCAAUUUUUUUCCUUCAUUUGUAAGAUGACUGAAUUACUGAAAAUCGCAUUACAGAAAGUGCACACACACGUUUGUAUUGCAGCUUCACUGCCAUGUAUUCUGCUCCAGUGGCUGGGUUCUUUAAAAGCACUCUGACUUAUUCCAGAGUGACACACUGUACAUUUUUUUGACAAAGCCAAUGACAACUACCAAGUGUCUGCAAAUGAGAUUCAUUUACCAUGAUCAACAGUUUAACUGCCAAGCACUUCAACAAGAUUGAUCCAUUUCUUGUAGUGGCUGUGUGAUCACUUGGAAUGAUUGGCAGAUGUAGACCCAUGCAUACAGCACAUGCGUGAUGAGGCUUUUCACUUGUAUGAAUGUGGAUGCAAAAUGCAACAUGUCUUUUUCUUUUCCUGUGGCCCUGAGCCCUCGGGUUUUAUUGAGAAAUACAGUUGAUAUUUUAAGUACCAA